AGCCAAUCGGCUUGGACCGAGCAGAGCACCCGCGCCAAUCCGUCCUCCCGCCACCGCCAUCGCCAAUCACCAUGGCGCCCCCGGCGCCGACCAAGACUGCCAAGAAGCACAACGCGCGCCUCAACAACCCCUUCCCCCGCGCCGUCCCCGCCGCAGCCAUCCGUGACGGUGAUGCCGCGCCGCGCCUAUCAUUCGCCCCAACCUCCAAGCUCUCCCACGCGCACGACUUCCCCGUCGGGACCCGGUUCCGCCUCCGUUGGGACCCUUCCCUCGGCGGCAAGGCAUCUCUGUCCAGGAUCUCCUCGGGAUACGAAGCGCUCCACAGUAUGUGGGAGACUGUCCCCGGCGUCGCGUUCCUCUCCGCGGCUUCGGCCGCCACCGAGGCCGACGAGUGCCGCGGAUCCUUCGCGCUCCGCGACGGCCACGCGCGCCUCGUCCCCGACGGCCAGCACGUCGACAAGAUCAAGGCCUUCUACCGCUGCGACGCCGAGGCGGGCGCCGACCUCCUGGGCGGCGCCGCGUUCCAGGCAUCCGAAGCAACGCGGUUCCCGGUGUUGGUGAUCACCGGUCUCGUGUCCGCCAAGAAGGCGCCCAAGUCCGCGUCGUGCUGCUGCUGCGGGCUGCGCGCCGGCCGCCGCGCCCGGAGCGCGGCGAGGCCGGCGCUCUCGGCGCGGUACUGGAUCCUCCUCGAGGAGAAGAGAGAUACGCAGGUCGCGUUCAGCGUCACUAUCGGCGACUGCCAAUGGACCUGUGCGCACACCAACCCCGCCAAGCCGCCCCCGACGACGGCAACAAUACCGAGGCCCCACCGGCCCAACCUGCGCCUGCGGCUCGCAGCGCGCGUCCCGCGACCCAGCAGCAAGAAGACGAGGCUUCCCCCGAGCCGCGACGAGAUGUCGGCGCUCCUGCCGCCGCCGGCGGAGAGGGAGGAGGCGCGGCCGGAGGAGUUCAACCGGGUGUUCCUGACGUACGCGAGCAGCCGCGAUGAGCGGUUCUACGGAUUCGGCGAGCAGUUCAGCCGCAUGGAGUUCAAGGGGAGGAGGGUGCCGGUGCUGGUGCAGGAACAGGGGAUCGGCAGGGGAGACCAGCCCAUCACGUUUGCCGCCAACCUCGUCAGCUACAGGUCAGGAGGAAACUGGUGUACCACAUAUGCUCCCUCUCCCUUCUACAUGACCUCAAAGAUGAGAUCCUUAUACCUCGAAGGAUAUGAUUACUCCAUAUUUGACCUGACAAAACCUGAUAGAGUACAAAUUCAGAUUUAUGGCAAUUCAGUUCAGGGACGACUGCUAGCCGGCGAUUCGCCAACCGAACUGCUCACGAGCUACACUGAGACGACAGGAAGGCCACCGGUCCUUCCCAGGUGGAUCACAUCCGGUGCCAUCGUCGGCAUGCAGGGCGGCACAGACGCCGUCCGCAGCGUGUGGAACCAACUGCAAGACUACGACGUCCCAGUUUCUGCAUUCUGGCUGCAGGACUGGGCUGGCCAGAGGAAGACGGCGAUUGGGUCUCAGGUCUGGUGGAACUGGGAGGUCGAUGAUGCUCAUUACAACGGAUGGAAGGAUCUAGUGGGCGACUUUCGCCGCCGCGGCAUUAGGACGAUGACUUACUGCAAUCCAUGCCUCGUUCCGAUGGAUCAGAAGCCCAACACGAGGAGGCACCUGUUCGAGGAGGCCAAGAAGCUGGGCAUCCUGGUCAGGGACGAGGCCGGCGAGCCGUACAUGAUGCCCAACACGGCGUUCGACGUCGCGAUGCUGGACUUCACCAACCCAGAGGCGCGGGACUGGUUCAAGAAGAUCCUGCGGGGGAUGGUGGACGACGGCGUCAGCGGCUGGAUGGCCGAUUUCGGCGAGGGCCUGCCGCUGGACGCGCGGCUGCACGCCGGUGAGGACCCCGUGGCCGCGCACAACCGGUACCCAGAGCUGUGGGCGCGGGUCAAUCGGGAGUUCGCCGACGAGUGGAAGUCGCUCAGGCUCCGUCGUGCUGACGUGGGGGAGGAGAAGGACGAUGGCGAGGAAGACGACGGGCUGGUGUUCUUCGUGCGGUCGGGGUUCAGGGAGAGCUCCCGGUGGGCGAUGCUGUUCUGGGAGGGCGACCAGAUGGUGAGCUGGCAGGCGAACGACGGCAUCAAGAGCAGCGUUGUCGGGCUGCUCAGCGGCGGCCUCUCGGGGUUCCCGCUCAACCACAGCGACGCCGGCGGCUACUGCACCGUGGACCUGCCGCUCCUGCGCUACCGCCGCAGCGAGGAGCUCCUCCUGCGCUGGAUGGAGGUCAACGCCUUCACCGUCGUCUUCCGCACUCACGAGGGGAACAAGCCGGGGUCCAACUGCCAGUUCUACUCCAACAGCAGAACGCUCGCGCACUUCGCGCGCUGCGCCAAGAUCUACAAAGCCUGGGAGUUCUACCGGAUCCAGCUCGUCAAGGAGGCGUCGGAGACGGGGCUCCCCGUGGCAAGACACCUGUUCCUGCACUACCCGGAGGACGAGCGCGUGCAGACGCUGACGUACCAGCAGUUCCUGGUGGGGACGGAGAUGCUGGUAGUGCCGGUCCUGGACAAGGGCAGCAGCGCGGUCACUGCCUACUUCCCGGACGGCGCCGGCGCGUGGAGGCACGUGUGGACCGGUGACGAGUACGGCGGCGCUGGCGGCCACAGGGCGCUGGAGAGGAGGACGGCGCACGGCGGGUUCGAGGCCGAGGUGGAGGCCCGGGUGGGGUACCCGGCCGUGUUCGUCAGGGUUGGGUCGUCCGUCGGGGAAAGAUUUGUAAGCAACUUGAGAGAUCUCAAGGUAUUGUAAUUUGCGGUAAGGUAGAAGUAGAUUGCCAAUUACCAUUUGAAGGUUUGUAUA